CUCUAAGUUUUUGAUUCAGACAAUCAAAAAUAUAUCACAACAUUUGUUAUUGAGAAUCCCACUGUUGUGAUAACUUACAAACCGAACAUACUUGAUUCUGUUUAACUUAAAACAUAUGAUGAUAACAUUUUGAUAAAGUAAUACAUUUUGAAAUCUUAUCUGAUAAAUUCAAUCCAAAUUUUAAUAUGUAAUGAGAAUCAAGUAAACUAGAUAAGAUAUUCCCUUUAUUACAAAUGGAUUUCCUAAAACUAUUGUUAUUAUAAAUACAUAGGAUGCUAGUUUUAAUGAAUUUGGAUCAAACAAUGAAUGUAUAUUAUGUAAAUACAUGUACAAAUAGACCUAUACUCACUUCCAGAAUAAAUCCUUUGAUAAAUGUAUUUAUAAAAGUAAUAAUAAGAAUUCAAAAUCUUUAUUUGUAUUGUAGAUUCCAAUCAUUGUUAAAAUGGCUGAAAGGAUAUAAAGAUGCAUCUUAUAUUCUGAAACAUCAAAAAUCACUGAAAAAAAAAUGUGAACCAAAGCU